ACCUCCCCAUUUUCGAGUUCGAGUUCUAGAGAGACAGAGAGAGAGAAAGAGAGAGAGAGCUCAUCACAAAAGUGUGAUGAAGAAGAUGCUGAAACUCAACAAUGGAGUCUCAGUCCAAAUGACACUGUCACUUUCUCUCUCUACAAUCCUCCUCCUCAUGAUGUGUGGCGGCGUUCGAGCUUGGACUGGUGAAAUCCAUGGCAGAGUCGUUUGUGACGUCUGUGGGGACUCUUCUAUUGGCCCUGAAGAUCACGCUUUAGAAGGUGCUGAGGUGGUUGUUCUUUGCAUAACAAAAUCUGGCGAAGUUCUAAAUUAUCAGGCAUUCACAAACUCUAAAGGGAUCUACACAGUGGCGGAGACGAUGCCAGAAAGUGACCGUUGGGAUGCAUGCCUGGCAAGACCUAUCAGCAGCUUCCACGAACACUGCGUUCAUCUGGGAGACGGCAAUUCCGGUGUGAAGUUUGGUUACAAUCACCCAUCGGAGAAGCAAGCAGAAGAAGAAGAAAACCCUAACAACCACGCUGAUCUGAUCAACACAUUCUGCGAGAUCGCUUCUGCGUCUCGAGAAGAAGCCCUUUUCUUCUUGGAAAGUCACAACUUCAACCUCGACGCCACCGCCUUUAUCCACUCAAGGUCCUCGCCUCCCCGUUUAUACAGUCAAUUCGAGGGAGGAAUGGCCGCGGCCCAGCUGUACGUUGCGAUUCUGCUACUUUUGGGGUUCAUCUCCACGUCUCAACUACAGGCUGUCGCAGUUGAACCGAUUUCCCAUCUAAAAUUGAACUCUAAGAUUCUUCAGGAGUCAAUUAUUAACCUGGUAAAUGGAAACCCCAGAGCUGGAUGGAAAGCUGAUAUGAGUCCUCGAUUCUCUAAUUACACUGUUGGCCAAUUUAAGCACCUUCUUGGAGUCAAACCAACACCACAGCAUGAUUUGAAGAAUGUUCCUGUUAUCACUCAUUCAAAAACAGUGAAGUUGCCGGAUCAAUUUGAUGCCAGAACAGCAUGGCCUCAAUGUAGCAGCAUUGGAAAAAUUCUCUCUCAGGGGCUCUUUUUCUCUCCUCCUUUGUUGUGUGAGACUGAUGAUGGGCAGCACAGCAGAGAUGCUCCACUACGAUGGUGGUGGGUCUUUGCCUCCACCCUUGCUUUCUUUCUGCCCGUGCACCCCCCGAGGGACAGCCACUGCUGUGUUGUUUUUGGAGAAGAGUCAGAAAACUUGCAUCGAAAUUCCUCUCUCACUUUACUUUUUCAAACCCACAGCUCCUUUUUCUUUCACCACAUGAUCCCCUUUCUUUUCUUUUCUUUAUUUUUCAUUUUCAAGCACACGAUCCUUUUUUUAAUCAACCCACUCAACUUUCUUUUAUUUUAAUAUAUAUCUAUAUAUAUCUAUGUUUAUUAUAAUAUAUUGCACCGACUCUGUCUACUUUUGCACAAACCCAUUUUCUUUUCUUCUUUUCUUUCUUUUUUAUUUCUUUCUUUUCAUUCCUUUAUUACAUCUAUACCCAUAUCCAUCAUCACACUCUUUAUUUAUUUAUUUCUUUUAAUCACCUUUUGCACCUCCCUCACC